AUCAAUUAAGCGUUCAUGUUGUGGAAGUUUGAAAAUUAACGUAUAAAGGAGAGUAAUUUCUGUAAGUCAAAUUUCGUUAAAUAUUAUUAUAAAAUAUGACUGAAUUUAAGACGCCAACAAGUAACAAGUACAGAAGUAGAGUGCAAGAUAAUCCAAACUUGCAAACACCUAUCAAAAUACCAGCUUCACCAUUUUUAGAACAAAUUGGUUAUGGUUGUGGAGUUAAUGUUUUUAGUUUGGAACGGUCGCCGAAAGUUGGUUUUAUUAGAUCACCAUGGGCAAUAAAGAAACGGAAUCGUAAAAUUGAGGAAAGUGAAAAAUACAAUGAACGCAUUCGAUUCGAAGCAGAUGUACUUCGUAAUCUAAAUCACCCGAAUAUUGUUGGUUUUCGGGCUUUUACUGAAGUUACAGACGGAGAGCCAUGCCUCGCAAUGGAAAAAUUAGAUGCAUCCUUAGGUGAUAAAAUAGAAGAGAGGAUCAUGAAUGAUGACGAACCAUUUCCUGCUAAGGAUAUUUUAAAAAUAGCAUAUGAAAUUGUAAAAGGAUUAGUAUAUCUCCACCAUACUGCUCAUAUCUUACAUGGUGACAUAAAAAGUUAUAAUAUAUUGGUUUCGGACGAUUUCAAUGUAGUUAAGCUCUGUGAUUUUGGAGUAUCUUUACCACUUAAUGAGUCUUUAGAGCUAGAUACUUCGAAAGGAAAUUUUGGAUAUGUUGGAACAGAAUGUUGGAGUGCACCAGAAAUUAUAAAUGAGGAUGGUCCUGUUACAAAUAAAGCUGACAUAUGGGCAUGUGGACUGGUUGUGUGGGAAAUGAUAGCUCUGUCACCACCUCAUGUAGAGAUAAACGAAUCUUAUUUAGAUGAAUCUGGUUUAGAUGAUUCAGUAAUAGAAAUACCACAAAAAGAAGAAAUAAAUGAACAGAAUACUAGUAUGGAUGAUAGUGUUAUAUUUUGUGCAGAAAUACGUAAAUAUGGUACUCGGCCUUCAUUACCAGCUAUUAAUCUAGGCAAAGAAUAUCAAUCAGUACUUGAGAUAUUUUUUGCAUGUACUACUAUAGAUUACAAAAUAAGGCCCAGUGCAAAAGGUCUUGAUAAUUAUUUUAAAAACUGUAUAUUCAAAAUUAAAAAGUGAUAUAAUGCUAAUUAAAAUACUUAUUAUAAGAUAUACUAUGACUAUUUUAACUCUAUCAGAAUAUAGUGGAAGGUUUUAUAAA